GAAUGUAAAUGCACCCUUCAUAAGAAUCCACCCUAACCUGGUUUCUCACACACACACUGAUACACACGGGGAAGCACAUUAUUCUGCUGCUGAGGACUUCAUUCCUGUAAACAUGUCUAUAAAUCACUUUGUUGAUGCUGCAGUAGACAAAGCAGCUUCAACUGCCAAAAUGAAGGUGAAAUCCAUGUUGGGAGGAGGAGGAGCAGACGCAAAGAAACCAAGCAAGUCAGGAGGUAUUGGAGGCCUUUUUCCCUCAGCAGGAGAUACUGGUAACGGAAACAAAGAGAAGAAAGGAGGACUGUUUGGAGGCCUACUCUCAACACCCCAGGAUGAAAUGAAACCAGGAGGUGCAGCAGGAGGUGGAGCAGGAGAAAGCCAGGAUUUCAACUUGGCAGUGGAUGAGCUUGCUGAUUUCUAAGAUGAAGGAGCAGGCCAUGUUUCCAAAUGUCACCUGAAAUGCUGCAAUUAUUGAAUUUCUGCUUUUCUUCUGAAUGGAGCUAGACAGAACAAAUACAACAGGAAAAGCUUAAAAAGCUACUGUGUAUAUGAAGACAUGGCCAAUGAAGAAGCGACAAUUCAGACGAUUACUAUUUUAUCUAGCAACAAAUGUCAACCAGCGUUACAUGUUCACACGUGAUUAACAGUGUUUGGUGGAAUUAUAUAAAUUUUAUGUUUUUCUACACAAUUAUAUAUAUAUAUAUAUAUAUAUAUAUAUAUAUAUAUAUAUAUAUAUAUAUAUAUAUAUAUAUAGAUAGAUAGAUAGAUAGAUAGAUUUUUUUUCCAACUUAAAACAGGCAUAUGUGUUCUCUACCAAAAGGUAUCCGAUUCUCACAUUAAAUGUACGCUAAGCUUAUUUUUUAACAUUUUAAUGUUUACAUGGUUUUUAAAUUAAAAUAGCCAAUAACUACUGAUAAAUUCGGGAAAUUUUGUAAAUUCAUAUUUGUUUUUGUUUGUUUUUAACUUGUGCCCUUGAUGCCCCACUCAGUUUUUU